GGUGUGUGAAAAUGUUAUUUAUCCCUGAAUUCUGUGCUUUACCCCGCUUUGUUUGUCAUGUCUUUUCUCUGGCAAACCAGCUGAUGCACACUCUAAAACUUAAUAUCUUUUGGAUAGGUAGCGAGACCUGUCGUGGAUUUGGGUUUGUCACAUUCUCCUUGCCCGAGGAUGCUCAGCGGGCCGUCCAGCAGGUCACCACCUUUGGGAACCGCAAGAUCAGCGUGACCCUUGCUAAUCCAAAGCCAAGACAGAAAGGGAAGAAAGCAGCAGAUGCUUCUGAGGACCUCCAGCAAGUACAGAAGCCUCCUCCAAAGAGAAAAGGCGCCUCAAAGAAAGCCCGGCUGAUAAUUCGUAAUUUGAGUUUCAAGUGCACAGAAGAUGAUCUGAAGAGUGUGUUUUCCCCCUUUGGCACUGUGCUGGAAGUAACUCUCCCCAGGAAACCAGAUGGAAAGAUGCGAGGUUUUGCCUUCGUGCAGUUUAAGAAUGUCCUGGAAGCAGGGAAGGCUCUGAAGGAGAUGAACAUGAAGGAGAUCAAGGAGCGUCCCGUGGCUGUGGACUGGGCUGUGGCCCGGGAGAAGUACCAGGCAAUGCAGGCUGCAGCAUCUCCUGCAGGAAUCCAGGAGAAGAAACUAAGUAAAGCGCAGCAGAAGGGCCAGAUCAGUGAUGGUGAUGCUCAUGAUGAUGGUGAUGAUGAUGAUGAAGAUGACAAAGAGGAAACACAGGUGCCUGCUCAGCAAAGAAAGCAGGGCAGGUCCUCUGAGGUGUUACCUGUGGAUAGUGAGGAGGAGGAGGAAGCAGGGAGCAAGACAGAGAGCUCUGGUGAGGGCGAGGAAGAGGAGGAGGAGCCUGGCAAGACCCGGAGUUCUGAUGACGACGAUGAUGAUGAUGAUGAUGAUGAUGAUGACGACGACGAUGAAGGAGAUAGCGAGGAGGGCUCUGAAGAGGAGCAAGAAGAGGCUACAACCCCAUUGAAGCCGAAGAAGGACCGAAAGAAGCUUCCUUCAGAUGUCACGGAAGGCAGAACUGUCUUCAUCAGGAACUUGUCCUUCGAUACCGAAGAGGAGGAGCUGGGAGCGCUGCUGGAGCCCUUUGGAGACCUCAAGUACGUGCGGAUUGUGCUGCACCCUGAGACGGAGCACUCCAAAGGCUGUGCCUUCGCCCAGUUCCUGACCCAGGAGGCAGCUCAGCGGUGUCUCCAGGCGGCUCAAGACGAGAGCCAGGGGGCAGGGCUGUUCCUGGGGGGCCGCCGCCUGCGGGUGGACCUGGCCGUCAGCCGAGAAGAAGCCCAGCGACUGCGGAGCCAGAAAGUGAAGAAACCCACCGGCACCCGGAACCUCUACCUGGCGCGGGAAGGCUUGAUCCGAGCUGGCACCAAAGCUGCCGAGGGGGUGAGCGAGACCGACCUGGCCAAGAGGGCACGGUUUGAGGAGCUCAAGAGGCAGAAGCUAAAGGACCAGAACAUUUUCGUGUCGCGCACGAGGCUCUGUGUCCACAACCUGCCCAAGAGUGUGGACGAUGUGAGGCUCCGGAAGGUGAUGCUGCAGGCCGCGGAAGGCACGCCUGGCGCGCGGCUCAAGGAGUGCCGGGUGAUGCGCGACCUGAAGGGGCGGGGCCAGUCUCUGGGCUACGCCUUUGUGGAGUUUCAGGAGCACGAGCAGGCGCUGGCUGCCCUGCGCCACCUGAACAACAACCCCCAGAUCUUUGGUGAUCAAAAGAGGCCGAUUGUGGAGUUCUCCCUGGAGGAUCAGCGGAAGCUGAAGUGCAGGGCCAGAAGGCCUGCUGCAGAAAGAGCGGGAGAGCCUGCCCACCUUUCCUGCAGGCUGCAAAACCUCCAUCAGGGUUUGCAGCCUCGGUCCAAAAGCACGGAGCUGUCCCAGAGCUCCCUUGUGACUAUUCAGCCCGGCCUCCGUGUGACGCUGGCAGGAGGACCGGGUGUGUUUGCAGAGGGCCAACCUUCGGUCUCUUUCAUGCAGCAAAAGCUGAGUCAGAAGCAAGGAGUUGAAAAGCCAGCGCCGUCCGCCAGCGCACGGAGUGGCCUUGGGAGCUCGGCAGAGGGGGCCAAGGGGUGGAAGAAACCCCCCGAGAAGAAAGAGGCCAAGGGUCCUCCCCAGGGACCCAAGGAGCCCCCAAACCCUGCAGAGCAGAAGAACACUGCAAAGAAGAGGACCAGGGACGCCUCUGCAGCCGAGCCUCCGCUUCGAGGCCCCCAGCCCGCCGGAGGGGCUGCUCCCUGGUCCGGGUUCCAGACGCGCGCAGAGGUGGAGCAGGUGGAGCUGCCUGAUGGCAAGAAGCGCCGCAAGGUCCUGGCUCUGCCUUCCCACUGGGGACCCAAAAUCAGGAAGCGAGAUCAGGGCAAAGUGAAGGCGCCCCCUGCCAAGAAGCUGGCGCCCUCAAGCAAGCGGCAGAUGAAGAAGGAAGCCCGCGCAGACCCUAAGCAGGGACCCACAAAGAAGAAGCGGCGGGCAGGACACAACCAGACCGAAGUCCGUUUCGAGCAGCUGGUGGAGCAGUACAAGCGCAGGAUCCUGGGCGGCGGCCAAAGCGCUCGGCCUGCCAGGCGGAGCAAGUGGUUCGAGAGCUGAGCUGUGCUUUGGGGGGGCGGUUUAGUAGUGAGCCCAGGAAUGGCCAGGCCGCCCUCCUCCUCCCCCUCCUCAGCCCCUGACUUUGAAAGGCCGAGAGGAGCCUGUGAUGUGGCAGCUGGACUCUUCCGGAGGAGCAGCCUCCUUCCCACGGGGAAGGUCUGUGGAGGUGAGGGGCCCCAAAGACUUCAGGGCUGUGCUCUGGAAGGUGUUUUUUGUGGAGGGCCGAGGGCGAGAGAAGGGCCUGUGCCACCUGGCAAGAGCAGACGGGUCUCCUCUCGAGUCUAGGAUGUCUGCUGAGCAGGCAAUCUUUGCCCCGAUGCUGGAUUGGGACCUUGAGGCUGUGCUGCUGGGGGUGGGGGCAAGGGAGCGGCAGGGUCCUUGCUGGACUGUGGGGCCCCCACCCUUCUGCCUCAGCGGCUGGAUGGCCUCUUGGCAGGGGGCAAGCUGGAGGAGCCCCUCAUGCACACACCCCACAUUUUUUUUGCACUUCCUUCCCUUCUUCAGCAGCUCUGAAAGGUUCCCCUGUGUCUUGUUGGGGGGGAGGGAAGAUACAGGGAGGGACUAUUGGUAUGGAAGGCACGAAGACAUGGGUCCUGUGACCUUUGGCUUUCUCACAGCGCACCCCCCCAACCCCCCCCCACGGGAGCCGUACCUUUGGCAGAAGACGAGGUUGGAAAUGGCCAGAGGAGGCUUCUAAAUACUUGCUCCCUUGUCUUACCGAAAACGUUUGUAAUAAAAGACUUUGUCAGAGUUCUCUUUUAGA